AUGUCGAACGCGGGAUUGACGAUCUUCGACGGUGCAGUGCUUAGAUCCAUCGAUCUCAACAUUCCGGAGCUCAAACAUGGCGUCACCGGAGCGCGGCUUCUCGAAAUUUCUGAAUCUAAGGUUUCUGAAUCUCUCUCGGGUCUCUCACUGCCGCCACACAUCAUAGAAGCGGCGAUCUCUCGAGUCACCGCAGGAGAUGACGUCAAUUUCCGUCUUACGGAGCUCAACCGUCAACAAGCCUCAGAGAAGCUCGGGGUAUUCGUUUCCGCCGUUGCCGAUGCUCUUAGAGAUACUCCAAUUGUGGUCUCAAUUCUGGAUGGGAGUACGUUGAAGCUGUUUUUGGAAGAUGAAGAUGAUUUUGCAAUGUUGGCAGAGAAUCUCUUCACAGAUUUGGAUGAAGAAGAUAAAGGAAAGCUUUGCAAGAGCGAGAUACGAAAGGCUCUUUCACACAUGGGUGUUGAGAUGGGUGUCCCUCCACUCUCAGAGUUUCCCAUCUUUGAUGACAUCAUUAAGAAGCACGAUGCUGAUGGUAAUGAAGAACUUGGACAAGCACAGUUUGCAGAACUACUGCAGCCAGUUCUACAAGAAAUAGCAGAUAUCCUUCAUGAGAAACCAAUAACAAUUGUGCAGAACGUUGAGAUUUUCACCGGGUCAAGGCUGCGUAAGAUUCUUGCAGACGAGGAUAAACUUAAGUGUCUCGUAGAGAACAUGAUACUUGAUGUUUCGGACGGGAAAGACAACCAAGGAUGGGCAGAUCUUAUAAAGACUUUGAUCGAGAAGAACGGAAAAGAGUUGGGAUUGCCUCCGUUAACUUCAGACGAUGAGCCAGUGGCUCUUCUCUACGAGACCAUAUUUUCUGAGGUGAAUAACAGAGAGAAAGAAACCACUAAUCCUUCCAAAGAUGGGUUUAUAGAUGCUCUAAAGGAUAUACUAAGAAAAUUGGAGGAGUCGCUAGAAGCCACACCGGUAUAUUGUGUUACUAAUCUCUAG